AACUUAGUAAAUGAUAAAGAUGGCAUCUCGAAUUGCUGGACAAAGAUGAACUUUUAAAAGGGAGUGUUGGGACAACUAGUUAAGAAUUUGGAAAAAGUGGAGGAUAGGUUUCUGAACGGCCCCGAGAAGUAGCUUUUCCCCACCUGACUGCUGUCACUCAGCAGUCCAGAGUCUUUGAAGAUCAAACCGAACUUCAGAGACUGAAGAGAAUAGUCCCUUUUUAUUCCUAACAGAUUUCUUGCAGCAAAGUAAUCGGCAGUCUUCCGUUUCCGGUUGCGUGUUGCCGUGGUACCCAGACAUAACAGCCGCGGCGGUUAUGGCGGGCCUCAACGGCUCGCAAGUCCCCGACGGUGAGUUCACCGCGGUAGUGUAUCGGCUCAUCCGCGAUGCUCGCUACGCCGAGGCGGUGCAGCUGCUGGGCCGAGAGCUGCAGCGGAGCCCGCGGAGCCGCGCCGGCCUGUCGUUGCUGGGCUACUGCUACUACCGCCUGCAGGAGUUCAGGCUGGCCGCCGAGUGCUAUGAGCAGCUGGGCCAGCUGCACCCGGAACUGGAGCAGUACCGCCCGUACCAGGCCCAGGCCCUAUACAAGGCCUGCCUUUAUCCGGAGGCCACCCGGGUGGCCUUGCUUCUCCUGGAUAACCCCGCCUACCACAGCCGGGUCCUCCGCCUGCAAGCUGCCAUCAAAUACAGUGAGGGCGAUCUGCCAGGGUCCAGGAGCCUGGUGGAGCAGCUGCUGAGUGGGGAAGGGGGAGAAGAUAGUGGGGCCGAGAAUGAGACUGAUGGCCAGGUCAACCUGGGUUGUUUGCUCUACAAGGAGGGAAAGUAUGAAGCUGCGUGCUCCAAGUUUUUUGCAGCCCUGCAGGCCUCAGGCUACCAACCUGACCUUUCCUACAACCUGGCUUUGGCCUAUUACAGCAGCCGGCAGUAUGUCUCAGCGCUGAAGCAUAUCGCUGAGAUUAUUGAGCGUGGUAUCCGCCAGUACCCUCAGCUAGGUGUGGGCAUGACCACUGAGGGCAUUGAUGUUCGCAGUGUAGGCAACACCUUAGUCCUCCACCAGACAGCUUUGGUGGAAGCCUUCAACCUUAAGGCAGCCAUAGAAUACCAAUUGAGAAACUAUGAGGCAGCUCAAGAAGCCCUCACUGACAUGCCACCCAGGGCAGAGGAAGAGUUGGACCCUGUGACUCUGCACAACCAGGCACUAAUGAACAUUGAUAGCAGACCUACAGAAGGGUUUGAAAAGCUACAGUUUCUGCUCCAACAGAAUCCCUUUCCUCCAGAGACUUUUGGCAACCUGUUGCUGCUCUACUGUAAGUAUGAGUAUUUUGACCUUGCAGCAGAUGUCCUGGCAGAAAAUGCCCAUUUGACUUAUAAGUUCCUCACACCCUAUCUCUAUGACUUCUUGGACGCCGUGAUCACUUGCCAGACAGCUCCUGAAGAGGCUUUCGUAAAGCUUGAUGGGCUAGCAGGGAUGCUGACUGAGGUCCUCCGGAAACUCACCAUACAAGUACAGGAAGCAAGACACAAUAGAGAUGAUGAAGCUAUCAAAAAGGCAGUGAAUGAAUAUGAUGAAACCCUGGAGAAGUAUAUUCCUGUGUUGAUGGCUCAGGCAAAAAUCUACUGGAACUUUGAAAAUUAUGCAAUGGUGGAGAAGAUCUUCCGCAAAUCUGUGGAAUUUUGUAGCAACCAUGAUGUGUGGAAGCUGAAUGUGGCUCACGUUCUAUUCAUGCAGGAAAACAAAUAUAGAGAAGCCAUUGGUUUCUAUGAACCCAUAGUUAAGAAACAUUAUGAUAACAUCCUGAGUGUCAGUGCUAUUGUACUGGCUAAUCUCUGUGUUUCCUAUAUUAUGACAAGUCAAAAUGAAGAAGCAGAGGAGUUGAUGAGGAAGAUUGAAAAGGAGGAAGAGCAGCUCUCUUAUGAUGACCCAGAUAAGAAAAUGUACCAUCUCUGCAUUGUGAAUUUGGUGAUAGGAACUCUUUAUUGCGCCAAAGGAAACUAUGAGUUUGGUAUUUCUCGAGUUAUCAAAAGUUUGGAGCCUUAUAAUAAAAAGCUGGGAACAGAUACCUGGUAUUAUGCCAAAAGAUGCUUCCUGUCCCUGUUAGAAAACAUGUCAAAACACAUGAUAGUCAUUCAUGACAAUGUUAUUCAAGAAUGUGUCCAGUUUCUAGAACACUGUGAACUUCAUGGCAGAAACAUACCUGCUGUUAUUGAGCAACCCCUGGAAGAAGAAAGAAUGCAUGUUGGAAAGAAUACAGUCACAUAUGAGUCUAGGCAGUUAAAAGCUUUGAUUUAUGAGAUUAUAGGAUGGAAUAUAUAGUAAUAGCUAAUAAUGGCAUGUAUCAAAUGGUUUAUUAUGUAAAUUUGCAUUGCUUUACCUUUUGGCAUCUUUAUAUUUGUUACAUGUUGAGAUUUGUACACUUAAGUAGCUUAAACUUUUGCUGCUGAUAAGUUUCCCACAAAGUGAAAUAUUCUAAUAACUUUUACCCCAGAAGGAGUUAGGAAAAAUUUCAAACUUAUAGGAGAUGUUUCUAUCAGAACUUGUAAUGACUUUGUUUCCUUUCCUUUGUUGUCUUUUGUGCUCUGAUGUAGCUUGAGGGGCCUUUGCACAAGCAUUACCUCUUUCAGGGGCCAAGCAGUAUCUCAGUAGUAGUUAAGAGCAGUCUAAUCAUUUCAGGGAUUGCGUGUUCUAUUCUCACAAUUUACUGUCACAUUAAUUUGUAAUUCAUGCUUUUUAUAUAGACUUCAGGAUAUUUUGACAGUGUUUUCUAAUAUGGAUAUAAUGCUUUACCUAACCAAAAUUCCUUAGGUUGUGUUUAUUUUAUUUUAUUUUUUUAACACGCAAAAGUCAGUAAAAAAUUUUGUUGCUUUAACAAAAUUAUGGUGCUAUAAUGUAGAGACAAUGAACAAUUAUCAAAGAACAAUUUUCCCUGGUUUUCUUUUGCUCCCUUUAAUACAUAUAUGGACAAAAUACACUGUUACUAUUUUCCAUAAUAACUUUUUAAAUAUUUAUCUCUAUGACAUAUAACAGAGGUAUCCUGAGAAUUCAGGGGUUUGGUUGUUUAAGAGCCAAAGGUUUUAUUAUGUUUGUUGCCCAGGCUGGUAUCUAACUCCUGCACUUAAGCAAUACUCCCACUUCAGCUUCCCAAGUAGCUGGGACUACUGGCACAAAUCACUGGAUCCAGCUAGAACUCAGUUCUUAAUUCCUACCUUUGUGUUUGCAAUUUAGGAUAUGCUGGAUAUACAGUGUUUCCAUGUUGUAAACUCUUGGAUAAGGAAAAAAUCUUGGCCACCAGUCCUGGCCAAAAA